CCAGACCACUGCCCACUGAAAUCCCGUGUGGGCUCCUUGUGGACAUGGUGGCUAGGAACGAACACUACACUUCCCAAGAGUCUCUGCGAUUCCUUGCUUCACUGUUUGCUACUGGAGUUCAAUCUUUAAAAUUCCGUUUCAUGAUACCCGUCAUUAUCUAAUAUCAUUUCGUCGUUGCUGCCAUGGCGGAAUCUGCAGCUUGUCCGCCUUUUCAAUUGGGAAGACCUCGAUAUGAUCAGAGCUCAUUUUUGGGGAGGCUGAAGCACUUCAUUGACAUCAUAGACCCCAGCACACUCUUUGUGUCAGAGGGUCGAUUAAAUGAAUGUGUGAAGCUUCUUGAUGAUUUUAAGAAAGGCAAUCUUUCGCCUGGAGUAACUGAUUCACAGCUCUGGGAAGCACAAAAAGUCAAACAGGCAAUCAUUCAUCCUGACACAGGAGAAAAGAUCUUUAUGCCUUUUCGCAUGUCAGGCUACGUCCCAUUCGGAACACCUGUAGUUGUGGGCCUUCUGCUUCCUAGUCAGACACUGGGUUCAACUGUUUUCUGGCAGUGGUUGAACCAGAGCCAUAACGCCUGUGUGAACUAUGCCAACCGCAAUGCCACCAAGCCCACGCCAGCUUCCAGGUUUGUGCAAGGCUAUGUUGGAGCGGUCAGCAGCGCUGUCUCCAUUGCAGUGGGGCUUAACAUACUGAUCCAGAAAUCCAGCAAGUUCAGUCCAGCAACUCGUGUCAUUAUCCAGAGAUUCAUCCCCUUUCCUGCUGUGGCCAGUGCCAACAUCUGUAACGUGGGUCUGAUGAGGCACAGCGAGCUCUCCGAGGGCAUCUCCGUGCUGGACGACAACGGGAACGUGGUGGGGUCGUCCCGGAUCGCUGCCAAACACGCACUGAUGGAGACAGCCUUUACACGUGUGGUCCUGCCCUUGCCUAUAUUCGUCCUCCCGCCCAUGAUAAUGGCCUACCUCGAAAAGCUCCCCCUGCUCCAGGCUCACCGCAGACUGAUGCUGCCCAUCCACAGCUUUGUGUGCCUGGCCGUGUUCGGCUUGUCCUUGCCUUUGGCCAUCAGCCUGUUCCCACAGAUGUCUCAGAUUGAGGUGUCUCACCUUGAGCCAGAGAUUGCCAUGGCAACAGAUUGCAAGGUGGUGACCUACAACAAGGGACUAUGAGGAGCAGCGCAGGCAGCGAGGAGAGUGGAUAUGGAAUGAGCCCGUUUCUGCGGUGGAACUUGAAUCAGACCACUGGCAGAGUCUUUGUCUGCUGAUUCUGGAGACUUCUUCUUUCAAGGAGGACUUUUAUGUAGCCCUAAAGCAAUACUAACAGUUUAAUGCUGUAUAAUGAGUUAUAAUCCAGGGUCUCAAUUGCACUGAAAUAUUUGUCUAAUAAACCUCUAACAAACUAAAAGGGAACAAGCAUAUCUCUAAAUCUUGCUUCCAUUUUGAUAUUGAUUAAGUACUGUAACUCAAACAGAGAUGCCAGUUAUUCAUGCAUUUUUUUAUUACUGACAUUGUCAAAGGAUUUAAUUGUUCCUACUUGUUUUGAGAUUUUUUAAUAUGAAAAUGAUUUGGUGAAAAUGAAUUUAAUAAUACUAUAUAAUAUCUAUUUCAAAAUGUCCUUUAAUUGCAUGGUCUAAGCAUACUUGUAAAGACGACAUUCUUUUAUCUGUGAAAUAAUUGUAUUCUUUGUCUGUUCAAUGUAGCCUAAAUUAUGACAUUAUUUAUUGUGUUUUGAGGACCAGUUAGUUCAAAUGCAGCUAAUUGCUUGCCAGUGAAAUAUUUGGAAUUCAAUGUGCAUUAGAUGAGUUCACUGUAAAAAAUAAUUAUUGCAUAAUUGUCUUUAAAAUGUAAAGAUAACAUUUUGUAACAAAAAUCUGUAACGUACCUAUUCAUCUAUUAAUAUUGAAAUACAGUAUAUUGUAUUGCGAGAGGUUAUUUGCUCAUUUUUAUCAGUACUGAAUGAUAUUUGCAAUGCAAAUAAUAAUACUGUAAUGCAAAAUGAAUAAAAUGAAAUCAAUGUCGACACA